CAUGGCAGCUAAAGAAAGAAGAGAGAUAGUUCUUGAAGAUAAAAUUGAAGAUGUAUGCAAGAAGUUCGACUGUACCAUUUACCGCGAGAAAAGACAAAGAACUUUUGGACCAAGGCCACCACUAAAGACUUUUAAUCCGGAAAGAGGUUCGGAAGUUUUUGUUAAUUCACUACCCCGUAAUUUAUUGGAAGAUGAGUUGGUACCUUUCUUUAGUACUGUCGGAGAAUUGUAUGAGACAAGGUUAAUGAUGGAAGAUUGGGAUGCACUAAACACCCAAGGUUUCGCUUUUGUAAAGUAUACAUCGACCGAAGGCGCCAAAGCGGCUGUUGAUAAUUUGAAUGGCGCUCAUAUUAGACCCGGUUGCCCCAUUUCGGUAAAAAUAAGCAUCGAUAAUAGAGAGUUGUAUAUAACUUGCAUAAAAAGGACUCUGACCAAAGACGAAAUACUCAAUGAUCUAUCAAAAGUCUUAGCGGGUGUAGUGGACGUAACUAUAUAUAAGAAUAGCACUAAUCCACCUAAUUAUAGUAAUAGGGGAUUCGCUUUUAUUCAAUUUGAAAAUAAUCGUCUAGCAGCCAAAGCUAGAAAAUUAAUAAUUCAGAAGAAAGUUAAAGUUGGUGGAGUUACUAUUUGUGGCGAAUGGGCUGAACCGGAGCAUAAGCAAGUCAAUGUUGCAUUUAUGGGUGAAAGACCGGAAAGUAUGAAACACUUGUUUGUUAGGAACGUAGGGGUCGAUACAACGCCUGAAGAGCUUUGCGAAGAAUUUAAUAAGGCAAUUGGAAAACCGGAUGCCGUGGCAAACGUGAAAUGUUUUAAUGAAGCGGCCUUUAUCGAUAUGAAAACAAGCGAAGAUGGUGUACUCGCCGUUUCGAUUAUGAAUGGUAGAGUCUUCAAAGGUCAAGAACUAUCAGUUGUUCUCUCAAAGGCUCAAUUUAAAAUGGCUAAUCCCCUAGUUGAAAGGAUAACGAAUCGCUUCAAAUUUUAUCGUCUAGACGUUGUACCUGGAUUGGAAACUGAUCGCCAAUCACAUCUUGGAGCUCGAAGAUUUGAUCCAAAUGGUUUUGUUAAUAUGCUAUUGGCAUUUUGCAAAUUUGGUGAUGAUUUAAAUAGACUAGAAACUCCCAUUUGGAUAUUUGAGAGGACGGUAACUGAGAGUGGAAAAAUAUAUUUUUCUUGUACUUGUAGAGUUGACAUUAAAACUGGUGGAUCUUUAUGUGCAAAAACCGAAAAACUCUAUGAAAAAUCUGAGCACGCCAAGAUAAUGUCAUCAGCCGUAAUGAUUAGGAGAGUAGCAGAAUUUUUGUUAUGGCAGCAACCACCGCAGCAACAGCCUCCUGCCUACAUGCACCCAAUACCAUCAUACCCUCCCCAAAUGCAAUACCAUUUACAGCAACAAUUUGUUCCUGUUCCAAUUACUGAAAUGCACCCUCAUCCAGAAUACAUCUAUAAUGAAUGUUCACGAGUCUACGACUUCUCAGCGAUGAGUCAUAAUCUUCAUUACUACUAA